AGGGUAGAAGGAGAACCAAUGAGAAUUGAAAAAAGGAGUCACAGGAGACGAUAUGUGUGCAAGAGAGGAAGAGAGAGAGAGACUACAGAAAUAUACAGAAUCCAGAGUACAGACGUGCCAGGGAGCAAGCGAGCCAGAAAGAGUGGAAAGAUAGGACUGUGAAAACAUCAGCUUUUCCUUUCAUUACAGACAGAGUAUUCAGAUAAAGAGAAUGGGCCAGAAAUAUGAAUUUUACAAUGAAAAUAUGCCCCAUGAAUAUGGAGAAUUGCCUCAGAAAAACAAAUCUCAACUGCAGCUCUGGAGGUGUGAUAGGCAGGCUGCUAUGGAUAUCACGGCAAAGUAUUGCCAUACAGAAAUGGAUGCAUAUGGGUCAUGUGUGGCCUCGAACCCAUCAACAUGGCAGUCAAAGUGUCAUGAGCUGAAGAUAAAGGUUGCACAGUGUACAUCAUCACACCCAGUGAUUCAGAAGAUCAAACAGGAUUGCUCCACAGAGUUUGUAGAGUUUGAGCGCUGCCUGAGAGAACACCAGGACAAACCUACCUCCUGCACAGUACAUGUGGCUCGCUUUCUGGGGUGUGCAGAGACAGUAGACCUCAGUGGAGUGGAUCCGGUACCUCGGCCAUCGUAGCAUUCAAACAUCUUCCAUCACCUUCAGAUUACUACUGUUUUAGAAGCAAGGCAAAUGGGCUUGUUUUACAGUUGUCCCACUCAUGUUAAUGGAUGAACAGUUUAUGUUAGGAUAUUUGUGUUCCUCGUGUGACUUAUUUUGUCUUUAUUCAACAAAGAUAAAUAUGAAUGCAACAUUACAACUGUGAGUUAGACAGGUUGUGUCGAAUAUUAAAUUACUGCAUCGUUCUUCUCGUACUCCUCAUGUAAAUGUUGUGUUCUUGUGAAGAUAACAUUUAUAAUUGCCUGUAUGCAAGAAGUCUGUUUUUUACAGAUUUUUAUUGAACCAUCUCAUUAAAAUGUACAUCAGACUUGUA